UUGAAUGACCUUCGAGGAACAUAACGCUCACGACUUGAUAGCAGGAAAAGGAUCAACGUAACGAAUAAAAACGGGGAAGCCACAAUAAAAAUCGGAGGAACUGCAAACCUGUUCCUUAUCCACCCCCACUCGACCAGUUGUUUUAGUUAGCACGAGCAGGAAUAUAUAGCUCUUCGUAGAUCGUGUGCACAUUUCGGACGUACUUGUCGUACCUUAUACCUCAUCGGAUCGGUAGCACACAAAAAAAAAAAAAAAAAAUAAUAAUAAAUAAAUAAAAUAUGUUACUCAAUAGUUUAGUGAUUUCUUUUAUUCUUCUAUUAUUCGCUGUGACCAUGAUCAAUUGUGAUUUAGAUUUACAAAUGUUGCACGUGGUGUUCCGACAUGGCGAGAAAGUGCCUCAUAAAGAGGCUCAAAAUUAUCCUAACGAUCCUUACCGCGACUAUUCCUAUUAUCCAUUGGGAAAUGGAGAUUUGACAAACGAAGGUAAAUUACGCGAAUACAAAAUUGGAAAAAUGUUACGUGAACACUACAAUCAAUAUUUCGGACCAGAUUAUUGGCCAGAGAAGAUCUAUGCCCGAUCGACUUUCAUCCCAAGAACUCAGCUAUCUGUGCAGCUAGUUUUGGCUGGAUUAUUCCCACCCUCUGAGAAGCAAACCUGGAAUCCAGAUCUACCCUGGAUUCCGACGCACUCCUUCUUUGUACCCCAUAAGCACGACAAUCUCAUGUUUCCGUAUAAUUGUCCAAAGUAUAAGGAAGAAUAUAAUGAAUUCUUAAAAUCUAAUGAAGCUCAAAAUCUACUGGGUAAGUACAAGUAUGUGAUGAAUUACUUGACAGAGAGAAGUGGGAAAGUCAUCAAUACAACGUCCGAUAUUCUUCAUUUUUAUAAUUUAUUAAAAGAACAGGGAAAUCAAAACCUGACUCUUCCAAAAUGGACCGAAGCAGUUUAUCCUGCUCUACUAAAGGAGAUAGUUGCGCUUCAUUUUAAACUCAGAUCAUACACAAACACAUUGAAACGUUUGAACGGAGGUUUAUUAAUACGUAAAAUAGUGGAAGAUAUCAAGUUGUACAUAGCGGGUAGAUUAAAACCAUAUGAUAGGAAAGCGUUCUUUUUCUCGGGCCAUGAAAUGAACGUUGCUGCAGUUGUGAGAGCUUUAGAGUUGGACGAACCUAUUAUUCCUCUAUACGGUUCUACUAUUAUCCUGGAAACGUUGCGCGAUAAGAAAAAGAAUUAUUACAUUCGAGUUUUAUUUUGGUCUGGAGAACAACUUAAAUAUAAAACGAUUCCUGGUUGCACAGAGUUAUGUCCAUUAUAUGACUUUUUUGGUAUUGUAAAAGAUAUAAUACCAAACGAUGAUGAAUAUCAUUGUCAUCCUAAUGAAAUGACUAUGAAUGAACAAAUAAAUUCCUCAGCGUCGAAUUUAAUUACAGGAGAAAUCUGGUAUUACGUAUUUUCUAUUUUGCUCUUCACGAUUGUACAUUGAUAUUAUUAAUAUUUAUCAUUGAUUUUAUGGCAAUUAAUAUUAUUUGUAAAAUAUUAAUUAAAUCUUUCUCUUUUUAAAUUUAAAUAGAUAGCAAAACUAUUUGAAAAAUCAAAUAUUAAUGAUGUAAAAAUGAAUAAUUUUAGAUAAUAUAUACAAUAAUAUUUUAAUUUUUUAUGUAAAAAUUAUAUUUUGAAAUAUAUAUGCACACAAACAUAAUUUAACAUAAAUGUAGAUAAUUCUAAAACAAUUGUGCAAUUUAAAAAAUACAAUUCGUCGAUUACAGUCGAGACAAUGCCAAUAUUUCCAUAAGUGAAUAAAAUAGAAUGUUUGGCAGAUACGAAAUGAGAACAGAUUUUGCAAGUUGACAGAUUGAUUCUCCUAUUUCCAUCCAGGUUAAGAGUUCAAGAACCUUUAUAGAGUAAAUCUAGCAAAAUAUUUAUCAGUUUAGUACGAUAUUUUUGGUAGCAAUCGUAAUAGAAAUGCUUUGUUGUUAACGUAAGAUGAAAUUGACGAAUAUUAAAAUUAAAAUAUUUUGUGUAUUGUUUAUACAAUAGAAAUAAAUAAUAAUUUACACAUA